CGUUCUCACCCCGGAUAAAAAAGUGACGCCUUUAUUGAGUGGGCCGGAAUCGUGUGGAGGAGGUGCGCGCACGGCGACGGCGGUGCCUUGCCGCGGCCUCCGGCGUCGCUCUCCCCCAUGGUCAUGGCCAUGCGCCCAUGCCCCCCCACGCGCGCGCUCUCGCUAUCACCUCUGUCUGCGUCUCGUCUCAUUCUCGCUCCUCGUCUCGGCCGCGAAAGCCAAGAAAGCUACCGCUCCCCGGCCUAGUCCCCGCUCAUCCUUCUCCCCCGCGUCCCUUUCCGCGCCGACGCGGCGGCUGCCAUGUGGGAGCACUUCCCGCCCCGGGCCUCCGCCGGGAGCCGCGGCCCCGCGCCGCACCACCACCACCACCGCCACCGCCACGACCAGCAGCAUGUCGCGCCGCCCGACUGCCAGCAGCAGCAGCAUGCCGCGCCGCACGGCGACCCCGACCCGCUCGCCUCCGUCUGGAUCCGCCGCCUCCACCUCGCCCCGAGCCCGCCGCCGCCGCGCGCCAGCCACCCGCCCCCGCCGUCCACGCCGCUGCACGGCCACGACGCCGUCUCCGCCCGCAGCGCCGGGUUCGGCCCCUUCCGCUGGAGCCCGCGCCCGCCGGUCGGCGCGUGGGACGCCACCCCCGCCCCAGCCCCAUGUGGCGGUGGGGGCGCCCCGCCCAUGAUGUCGCCGUUCUUCCGCUCCCCGCCUCAGCCGCUCCCGGCGCUCGCGGGUGCUGGGGAGUUCGCGCCCGUCAGGCCCACGAUCGGGUUCCCCGGGAUGCCGUCGCCGACGGUACUUGGUGUCAACCCUCACGCAUCCUGGCUACCGACGGCAGCUGCAGGUCCAGCCUAUCCUAACCAUGAUGUGGGCAUGAUUCCCGUAAGAACUUCUCAUGAUCUCCAUGUUAGACAACACAGCAUGAUCCCACAAAAUUUCGCAAGGCGCGCCCCUAGUUCCAGCAGCGAAAACGACGAGCCUUUCUCCUAUUGGAACAUGGGGAGGUUCCAGAGAAGCACCACGACUUCGUCGAUCUCUCAGGUUGCUGUUGAGCCUGGCAAUUUUGUGAAGAAGAGAAAUGCAGACUCCAACAGCUUGCUCCCUCUCAAGUUCAGAAAGCUGAGUGGGGCUGGAUAAAACCGCGCCUUGGCGCCACGGGUUCUCCGUGCUCGGGGAGAAGCAUACACAUGCACUUGUCACGCGGCAGUGCUUCGCCACGUAAUGGCUCAAGCAGAUGUCACCAUUUGGUGGCUAUCAUGUAAAGUAAAGUAAGUUUUGCUCCAAAAACGUCGCAUGGUAUCCUUUGAGACAUCGAUACGUCUGGUGUCAGAUCUCAGCGGUGCUUACCGCUGACAUGCAUGCGUGUUUUUUGAAUUCGGGGCUAUAUACAGGGUGGUGUGAUGCGCUCUCGCGCUGCUCGUAUACCUCAAAAUAAUGUCUCGCGUACUGAUGAGAAGAAAUGAAUAAAUUUGCCAUGAGAAGGCUUUAUGUGUUC